CCCAACUCUCACUCCCAACUACACGUGUCUUCUUUCUUGCCUUUCUGCUUUCUAAAAAUCAACAUGAAGCUCCUCUCUCUUCUCCUCUUCUCAAUGCUGCCGCUUAUUCUCCGUUCUUUCAAGCACGCAUCAGCUGCCUGCCACGUCGAUGAUCAUGCGGGUCUUUUGGCAUUCAAGUCGGGUAUAACCCACGAUCCAUCAGGCAUGCUCAGCUCGUGGAAACCGGGCACCGAUUGCUGCUCUUGGGGAGGCAUUACAUGCCUCGACAAGAUCCGGGUCAACACCGUAUGGCUUUCCGGCAACCCGGACAAACCGAAUGGAUAUUUAACGGGUUCAAUCUCACCCUCUCUCGUCAAAGUUCAAAACCUUGAUGGUAUUUAUUUUUUUGAUCUUAACAUUACGGGUCCGUUCCCGGAUGUUUUAUUCCGGUUACCGAAGCUCAAAUACAUUUACAUAGAAAACAACAAGCUCUCGGGUCCGUUACCUUCUGAUAUAGGCAAGAUGACCCAACUUUACGCUCUCAGUUUAUCAGGCAACCAGUUCACUGGGUUAAUACCGAGCUCAAUCGCCGAGUUGACUCAGCUGAGUCAGCUUAAACUUGGUAACAAUCUACUCACUGGCCCAAUUCCUCUUGGAAUCAGCAAGCUAACAGACCUGUCUUUCUUGAGUCUGCAAAAUAACAAACUCACGGGUACCAUACCUGAUUUUCUCUCAUCACUCACAAACCUUAGGAUUCUUCGACUUUCACACAACAAAUUUUCUGGUAAAAUACCAAAUUCAAUAGCCUCGCUGGCUCCAAAACUUGCUUACCUUGAACUAGGCCACAAUGCAUUGACAGGAACAAUCCCAAGUUUUCUUGGAAAGUUCAAGGCACUAGACACCCUUGAUCUUUCUUGGAACAACUUCACAGAAACUGUCCCAAAAAGUUUUGGAAACUUGACAAAAAUAUUCAAUCUUGAUCUCUCUCAUAACUCUCUUGUAGACCCAUUUCCUGUAAUGAAUGUUAAAGGCAUCGAGUCACUUGAUUUGUCUUACAAUAAGUUCCACCUUGAGAAAAUUCCGAACUGGGUCACUUCGUCUCCCAUCAUCUACUCUCUCAAGCUUGCCAAAUGCGGGAUCAAGAUGAACUUGAAUGAUUGGAAGCCAAAGGAGACGUAUUUCUAUGACUACAUUGAUCUUUCCUACAAUGAAAUAUCAGGUAGUCCAGUUUGGUUGAUGAACAAGACAGAUUAUUUGGUUGGUUUUGGGGCUUCAGGGAAUAAGUUGAAAUUUGAUCUGGGGAGUUUAAAGAUUGUUGGGACAUUGAAGAACCUGGAGUUGUCAAGAAAUCUGGUUUAUGGUAAGGUGCCCAAGUCAGUUUCUGGGCUGGAAAGUUUGAAUUUGAGCUACAAUCAUCUCUGUGGACAGCUUCCAUCAACAAAAUUCCCCGCUAGUGCAUUUGUCGGCAAUGACUGUCUGUGUGGUGCUCCACUACCUCCUUGCAAAGUGAAGGGGGAGUAAAAUAACAAAUCGUGGUCCAUGCGAGUUGGAUUAAUAAGAAAGUGGUUCGCACUCAAGACUAGGAAUGUUUAGCUGAUAAAAGAAUAAUGCUUAACUAGGAGCUGUCUUGUGCCCUUCUAUUUCUUUCUUUUUUUGGUUAGCGUCUUGUGUAGUUAUGUGCUCUCAUAUUGCCCAAUAAACUUACCAAUAACAGCAAUGUUGAGAUCCUUGGUAUGUUACAAAAGAGCUGAGUUUUAAUGACAAAAUGAGUCAGGUGCAGCAAA